ACAAACUUUCAAACGUUUACGAGUUUGACAUAUUCUUGUGUAAUCCAUAUCGAUAUGUGUCGAUCGAAAGUGAAAGAAGAAACGUAAACAAACAUUACUGAGCCAAAUGGCUCCGAGAUGAGGUGGAACUGUAAACUUGUGGCAUUUUUUAUUCUUGUUACCUAUUUUUUUGUAUCGUUUUAUACUGGAUACCUGUUGGUCAUACACAGAUUAGAAAAGUCGUCUUACGAAUUACAGAGAAUUAGAGCACUCACAGAAAUCACAGAGGAUGAUGAUAAUGGUUGGAAUCCUUGGGGUGAAGAAUUUGAGAAGGAGGGGUCCUACAUGCACAGACAUAAAGCUCCAAAGAUUUUAUGGAACAAAGAAGAUAUAAAGUCUGACAAAGCCUCAAAUACAACUACUCACAUUGUAGAUAUCUGGAGCAUAGCUGCCAUAGGUCAGUACCUGUGGGAACACAUCCUAGGUGGUGACACAAAGUUUGGUACCAGUAAUACAUGGUCUCAUGGGGAGAAAAAGAUAGACAAUAUUGAAUUUAGAUAUAAAGUUGGACCUGCAGUCACAUUACAUGGAGUACCUCAAGAUGUUAAAAACUUGGUGCUAGUAUUAAAUGGAAGAGAAGUGUCCAAAAUCAAAGCUGCCAAAGAAUGGUUGAAUUAUCUCCCUUUGUUAAGAGAUCUUCAGCAUGUAGCUGUAGUGUUGCUAGGCAAUGAGCAGUGCAAUAAUGACUGGAUAAAACAUUAUAUGAAGGUCAAUGGGGGACGAAUAGAUUUUGUCUUCCUUGUCUAUGAUAGUCCAGAUAUUGAUAAUAGAAAUUUCUAUCAGUGGCCAUUAGGUGUGGCAACGUAUAGAGAUUUUCCAAACAUCGAGAGAUCCGAAGUUCCAAUUUACAACAAAAGAAAAUUUGUGUGUAAUUUUAUGGGAACAAUAUACAAGAAUUCAUCAAGAGAAGUACUUUUAGAUGUUCUUCGUACCGAACCAUUAAGAAGUAUAUGUUCAGUUAAAGCUAGACAAACGUGGUUGCCACAGGAAACAGACCAAAGUCGAGAAGAUUAUAUAAAUGCCUUAGAAGACAGUGAUUUAACACUGAACCCUGUUGGUCAAAACACAGAAUGCUACAGAAUAUAUGAAGCUUUAGCAUUGGGGUCACUUCCUGUUGUAGAGGAUGUAAUGACACCAGGGAAUUGUGGGAAAUCUUCGGUAUCUGAAACUGUGCCCCUUAGGAUAUUGAAGGAGCAAAAAGCUCCAAUAAAAUAUAUUAAAGACUGGAAGGAGUUGAGAUCUGUUUUAUCAAAUGAAUUAAAGCUCAGUAUUGAAGGAAAAAUUAAAAGGAGAAAGGAACUCAUGCUAUGGUAUGAAAAUUUUAAAUCAAAAUUACGGGAACAUUUUAUUCAUGUGGUGCAAGAGAAAUUUUUCAAUUUGAAUCAAUAACAGUUAAGGUGCUUAGUAAUUAUCAUUGGGUAUUUUUAUUUUAUUUUGGGGUAGCAUUUGAUGCUAGGUUAAAAUUGUUGGUUUCAAGAUUUACAGAAUAAAAACAGGCCAAUGACUUCACAUAUUUUCAUGUAAUUUCAGAUUGUAUAAAUUCAUUUAAAUGCCUCCAUCUAUGAAUAAUGUUCACUGUCUAUUGCAGUACACUUAGUCAUGUUAUUCAUAAACUUUGAGUUUUGCUAAGGUGGAAAAAUACUGCAAAAUGUUUCGAUUGUUAAUGUGAAGUCAAAUAAUUUACAAGAGAGUUCUCUUAUGAACUUUUUUUUAUCAUUGUACAAGGAAACAUAUGUUGGCUACACUGUGAUGAACUAAAUAUUGUUAGGUUGUGCUUUGUGUUUUUAUUUUGUUUUAUCAUAUGUAUCAAAUUAUUUUACAAAUAGUUUAGAUUUUUGGUUGUAAUUUUAUUUUAUUGAAAACUGUAUUCCAUUUUAUGUCUUGUUGUAUGAUUCCAAGUUUUAUUUUGUUUUCAAAUAUUACUUUAUAGAUUCUAACAUUCACAAAGAUAUUUAUACAGUUUUUCUCAUAUUUAUUUUUCAUCAACUACAAUUUUGAAUAAGUCAGUAACAAAUAAAAACAUUUAGUGGUAAUAUUUUACUUGAUUUGAAUAAAUCUAGACAAUCAGUUAUAACAUUUUAAUUUGCUCAAGUACAAGAACUUUUAACUUUGGUUAAAAAGGGGGAGUCUGAUGUUCGGGUAGUUCAUUUAAUGGACACUAAUGAGAUGCAAUUGAUGUGCAUCUGAAUGCCGUUUUACAAGUUAUUUAAUUUAAGUUUAAUUUUUCUGUUUAGAACUUGGUGUAUUUCUAUAACAGAGUUAUUCUUCUUUGAAUCAGUUAUCAAUAGUCUAUUUAAUGAUAAAGCACCAGCAGGAAGACAUAUUGAAAUAGCUUCUGUAAUUGUUGGCCUUUCAAAGUCAACUCUAUACGUCUAUGGUAAAUGUCUAUAUGUAGUUGAAGCCAUUUCUAUUAAUAGAUUAAUAUUGAAAUCAUCUGCCUUUUUUGUCUCCUAUUUAAAUGUCAUAAUCCUUGAUGCUGUGCAAGAAACAGCUUAACUUAAUAAGAUUAUAUAUUUGCGAUGAGUUUUAGUCAUUGUUGAAAUAAAGAUGGGACCAUUGUUUUGGUUAAAAACAAUAUUCUCAUAAUUCAUGCUUUAAAUGAACAUGCCAAAAUUUGUUUUUGGUGUUGGUUUUGGAUAUGAAGAAUUUUGCUUAUUUUAUUCAUAUUUAUAUUUUACUUGUGGUAUUAAUUAUAUUAUCUCUACUGAGUUUAAAUGAAGGUGAACAUAUAAUGACAUAAAUUUAAGUAAAAAAAUAUUUUAGGGGGAGUUAUUUGGCAAAAUAUUUUUUUAUUUUUCUCAGAAUUGAUGAAUUCAACUUGGGAGAUGAAAACUAUGCUUUAAUUUACAAUAAUUUGUACCCAAGAAAUAAAGGAACCCACAUUAAAUCUUUUAAGAUUAAUGGCUAUAAUAAAGGAUUAGAGUUGGACAUAAUUGCGAUAUUUUAAUUUUUAUUGAGCUUUUGAAAUUAUAAAUUCACAUUUUUCAUUUCAGUAACAUGUAUAUGGUAUCAUUGAUAGAAAUUCAGGUUUUCAUUGAAUAUUUAAAAAUUAUAAGCAUAUCUUGCCGAAUACUGUGGUAGAAAGUGAUUUUUUGUAUAUGACAAGGUUUUAUUUUUGAAUAAUAUGGAUUUUUUGGGGGGAAUUUUUUAAACCAUUGCUCCAAAAGGAGGGGGGAGAACUGGUUUUUGUCUCUUCGUCUGUCCCAUGAAAUUUCCUGAGUUUCUUGAAAUUUGGAAAUAAGCAUCAUGUGAGCAUGCCAUACUCUGUAAUGUGUUUUCACAUCCAUUUUUCUUCAACUUUCUGUUUACCAAAAACUGAUAGUAGGUGUGUCAUUUGUGAGCAAUAGCCCACUGUCCACCUUGCUGCCUUGAAAAAAAAAUUAAAUAACUAUGUAAAAAUAGAUCUUCACAGUUACAUAUACAAACAAACAGAAAUUUGUUAUACAACUUUCACAUUUAUCAGUUAUAUUUUGUUAAAAAAAUAUUUUGUAGUGUGAAUCUUAUUGCUGUUAAAGUCUUUUCAUAAACUAUACAAACAUGCUUUCAAUUGUGUAGAAUGAGACAGGAAAUCAGGUCAUACAUUGUUUCAAAAUUGAUCUGUUUCCAUUUCAUUUCUUUUACUAUCAAAAUUUCAUUAAUGCGAGACAUUUCUGUGUCAAUCUUUUAUAUAUUUUUUUUAAUGAGUAAUUAUAAAUGUGAGGUUGUCCCAAUUUGUUUCAAUAUUGUAAAAGCAUUCAUAUCAUAAAUAUAGCCAAUGUAUAAAUGCAGUGAAUUUAAAUGACGUUCAAGAUACACAUUUUAAAAACAUACUUAUUCAAAAAUUGAUUCAUGAAUUAAAACUGUUUUCCAUGGUACCUAUAACAAAAUUCUGUGAAACAGAGAAACAGUUUAGGAAUACAAGAUGGAAUGUAUAAUGUUCCGAUCUACAAUAUUUUUCUGUGUGGUAUACUGCAUUACAUACUAUUGUAUACCAGCACAUAUCAGUGGUUACUUAAAGUCCAUAUGACAGUGCCUCUUUUCACAAAGUCUAAUUGGCUGGGUUCCUGUCACAAAAAUAAUCAUUUGUAAAGACUUCGUAGCUUUUUACAUAACCCAAUUACAAUUUUUAAUUUUUAUUUACGUUUGUGAUAUAUUGAUAAAUAUCUGUAUGGAAGGAAAGUUCUGUAAUAGAGCUAUCCCAGAAAUAUAUGUAUGUGAGUGGAAAUUUUUUUGAAGAUUGUGAUAUAAAUCUUGAGUUUUCUAUUGCGUAUGAAUUAAUAGUAAAAAAUACUCUCUCUUCUCUCUAUCUUCCUGUUUAUUACUUUUUCUCUGGAAUAGCCCUCAGAAAAUAAACACAGUGGUCAUAAAUGUAUAUGAUUUAGCUUAUUUUACUAUAUAUUUCUUAUGAUGUAUCAUCAUCCAAGCAUCUCAAAUGAGAAGGGUGAGGGGCGUCAUGUGAAAGAGUUGAAGGCUCCAAGGAUUAACUUGUCAUAAAAAAAAAUCAGUUGUAUAUAGUAUAUUUGUUUAUUUUAUGUUUGAUGAUUUGAGCACAAUUGGUUUUAUUUAUUAUUUAAAUUAGAUUAAUUUACGCAGUGGAUUUUUCAAUGAAAAUUAAUUUCCAUUUUUUUUAUUAUAAGAAACUGACACUGAAAUAGAAUCCUGACUGAAUAAACUAUGCAGAAUUCUUCAAUUUCCGUUACUAGUUCUCAUGCCGUGCAUCAAGAAAUGAUCUCACUUUUUUUUAAUGAUUGAAGAUUGUGACUUUAUGUAGAUUAUUUGAUAAAUAAACGUAAAUCUCAAAUACUUUAGACCACUCACUACAUGUUAAUGUUGAUGCUUUAUAGUGAUGUUAAAAAGAAAUAUUUUUAUACGUAUUAUUGUUAAAUGUAAAUAUUUUUUGUUGGAGAUAUUUAUUCUUGUUCCAUUUUUUAUCAUGAAUUUGUUUGCAUUCCAAAUGUUGUAUAAUUAGUUGUAUUAUUACCUUAGCAUGACCUAUUGACCUCCCAUAAUAUGUUACAGAGACAUCGUGCUUGCUGAAGCUUGUACAUUUGUCUCCACAAUCAUUUCAAAGUAUACCUGGCAUGCUUCAUCAUGUGUAUCAUAAAAUAUUACCCAAGAAUAUAGUCAACAAUUUAUAUCUGCUUUCAUCAGGUGCUAUCUUUGUCUUUGCUUAUGAUAUUUUACUUUGUCUUAUGUUUCUAAUUGAAAUGUUUUCUUAUUAGGACUACUUUCAUAGCUGUUAUUUUAAAUGUAAUGUAAUGUAAAUGAUAUUAAAACAAGGAAUUAUUUGAAUUUGGAAUAAUUUUGAAAUCUGGAAUAUUGAUAUGAAAUUUAUGAUGAAAACUAACCCAACUAGAAAGGGUUAGCCAUGCGUGCAUGACAAAGGGGGUCAGUUCAUACUGAAAUAUCAGUGAAAGUAACCUGAACCUUAGCCAUGCACGCUUGACUAACCCUAUUUAGUUGGGUUAGUUUUCAUCAUACAUUUCUUAUCAAUUUUACAGAAUUCAAAAUUAUUCCAGAUUCCAAUAAUUCCUCCUUAGUUAAGGUAGCCUGAGAGUAGUCUGCCAUUUGGACCCAAAAUGAUUGGUGUACAUUUUUACGAACAUAAGAAAAUUUUGAUAUGGAUAUGCAAUCAAAUGAAAGAAAAACAUUUAUAUCAUUUUAACUUAUAGUAAAAUUAUGUUUACAAUUGCAGCGAAAAGCUAUUUAAUCCAAAACUUUGAUUCAUAAGGGGAGAGAACUCUGAUAAUGAAGUUUUAUAAAAGAGUUAUUUGUGUCUCAAGAAAAGUUUAGUGACCUUUAUUUUUUCUUUUAAUAUUUGUUAGUAUUUUAUAAGUGAUAUCUUAUUUAGUUUUCCUUCUUGUCACUUUGCAGUGAAUUUCUAUACAUUAUCCCUAUAGAAUACUUAAAUGCACAACAGACAUAAAAUCAGCUAAUUUAAAUUAGCAGAGAAUAAUAAAAGUACUUGUUUAUACUCGCAUCCUACCUUAACAAUCAAAACAAAAAUCAAAGACCAAUUCUAGUCUGCUUAGAUUUGACAAUUGUUAUGCUUUUCUUUUGUUGCUUUAAUUCAUGAUAUUACAGGGUUACAUAUGGUCAUGUUUUUCCUCUUUCCAUCAUGAUUGUCACAAAAAAACAUUAUGUUUUCAUUUAUACAAAGUCUUUAUUCUUUAUCUAAGACAGUCAUAUGUUCAUGUAAAAAAGUUGAUGUCACAAAAAAAAUGUCUUGACACCACAGUGCACAUGACUGUGAUUGUUAAAAUGACAUCAAUAGGUCAAGUGUUGCAGAAUAUCAAAUAGUGAUUAGAUCUAUAUAAAAGAUAGAUGAAUAGCUCAAACACUGUAACUGCUACAUCUUCCUUGUAGACCUUAUCGCUGUAUUUGGAAAUCUGCAACACUUGACCUGAGAUAUUGCGACACUUGAACCUUAUUGAUGUACAACAAUCACUUUUGCAUUUGGCGCCAAGACAUUUUCUUUUGUGACAUCAAAAUUUACGGGAAUGUUUGUGAUUUGCUGUUAAGAUGGACAAAUAGAGAGAAGGUGUAUUCUUGAUCAUAGAUCAUAAAAUAUCCACAAUAGGUUUAAACUUAAAAAUAAUUUGUAUUCAUUUAUCACAACAUAUCAAAUAAAAUAAGUAAAAAAAAAAACAUUGCAUUUAUUCUGGUCAGAAUUGCUUUCAAUAAAAUAACCCUGUCAUGAUUCAAAAUAAAUGUCUUUCUGUAACUUUUUCAUGGUCCAAAGACUGAUAAUUACUGAUGUAUGUUUGACUCUGCUUUGUUUUAUAGCAAACUCUAUAGAGGGUAGAGUUAAUGAAAUGUUUUACUAUACAGUUAAGGUAGAUUCGUGGUAUACCGCCGUCUUGGAUUGUACAAUCGCAGUACAAAAUCGGUCUAGUUUUUUGCCCAAAUCUGCAAAUUUGGAGACAGAUUUGCAAUUUAAUAGUUAGACUGUUUAUUUGUAUAAAAAAAACUUGGUGAUUUAUUGUAUUAUCCAAAAUAUUUAAACAAAUAUCAUUUUUUUUUGUUUUUAGAAUCAUUUUUUUAAAUGAGCCAUUUCAGGGGAAAUAACUCUUUUAGUAAAAAAUUUAUACUGGACUAAUAGGGAAAUUUUUAAUUUUUACUUGUAGCAAGAAAACAAGUUCGGUGACACUAUUUUUUCUUUUUAUUUUCUUAAAACAUAUUAUAAAACCUAUCUUCUCACAAUUUAUUUCAAAAUUCUAUCUCAUAGAAUUUUUUUUAUGCACACAAAUGUGUUUUUUCAUGAACAAUCUAACCAAAUUUAAGCAAUUUUCAACGAUUCAUAGCUUGCAAAAUAGCACGGUGACCCAUACUUUUUAUUAUAUUUUUGAAAAAAGCAUAGUAAAAUCUUCAUUUUGGCAAAUUAUAAGAAAAUUCUGUCUCAAAAAAUAUAUACUUAUGAUCUACCUUAAAUAAAUAAGUAUUAAGUAACAAUGAAUUAUAAGGAACAGUAGAAAAUAUUAGACCAUUUUUAGCAAUUACAUGUUCUACUUGUAGUAUUAUUUGUUUCUUUAAAGAAAAAAGAUUUACUGACAUGAUUUCAGCUUUUGUGUAAUAUUUAUGCACAACUGUUUAUUAGUCACUUAUUAGGUUGUAUACAUGUUUUUUUUUAGGGAAUUAAGCCAUGAAAAUUUUGCACAUUUUGCAUGUUUUUUGAAGGGCACAAAUGCAAUAGCAGGGUCAGAUAAUAAUCUUUAAAUUUAAUCUACUGUUUUAGCAACAUGCACUGUGCAGCUUGUUGCAUUAAGAAUAUAAUGUCAAUGUUAUUCGUCACCACAGAUAGCAUUUAUAAGCAAAGUUUUCAUUUGUAAUUUCAAAAAGGGUUGAAAUAAAAAAUGACUAUUUUACUGCAACCUUGCCAAAAUCAGAAACAUAUGCCUUAAAAAGAAAUUUGUUUUUUGUUUUUUGCAUAUUUAGAGAUUGUAAAUUAAAUUUAUGAGACUUUUCAAAACUCCAGGAAAAAGUCUAUGUAUGAUAUCUAGUGUUUCAUAUUCCCUUAACGCAAUUUCUGUUUUUUCCCUAUUUUCGUUUAUUACAUUAUUUCUCACAUUAAUUUAAAUACCCAUGUUGAUGAUUUAAGUUAAAUGACUAAAUAUGGCUAAUAUUCUCACACGAUUCAUGUGAGGCACUAUUCUUAUGAAGUUUUCAUUUCAGAGAGAAGUUAUUAACAGUUUAUUAAAAGUCACAAAUAAGUAUUUUUACUGUACAUAAAUUAUUACAAUGAUUAUAUAAUGCAAUGAAGGAACGUGUGAUAUUGUUAAUUGUUUGGUCUCUGUCAUUUGUUUUAUGUAGAUUUGUUAAAUAUAAGUUUGUAAGAGAGUAGCUAAAUGGAGUAAUAAACAUUAGUUUUUUAA